UGCGGCUGUGGAGUAGCUGAGAGGAGGAGGAGGGCGAGUCUGGACUUACACAACUUUGACCAUUGAACUUAUUUCAUAUAUUUGACUGGGUUUUUUUCUCGAAUAGUACAUCAAUUAAAUGGUGGGAGAACGGUGAUGAACUUUUUUUUUGUUUUACAUGUAGAAAAAAACUAACGAAGGUUUUAGGUUGAGCUAGGAAGCUAAUCGUCUGUUUUGUUUUUGUCGUAGCUAGCUAGGUUACAGCCAUGGUAUCUAGAUAGCUAGUACGAAGUAGCCAGCCAGAUCAUUACUGCGGAACAUUGUCGGUUUUAAAAUGAGCGCUGCACUUCCCUUUGGCUGCCAGCGCCAAGGACGAAAUAGUUUUCAGGAUGCCAUCCACGAAGUUCUUUUGAUACGUUAAUGUUUCGUGCUUCUGAGCGAUGCUCUCAAGAAAGAAAAGUAAGAACGAGGCGUCCAAACCAGCUGAGGUCCAAGGCAAAUACGUGAAGAAGGAGACAUCCCCACUCCUGAGGAAUCUUAUGCCCCCGUUCAUCCGUCACGGCCCAACAAUUCCUCGGCGGGUGGAGGUACCGUUGCCUGACUCCCCGGCAGUGCCCAGUGGGGGUUUGUACCCACUGGGAACAGGGCCAGAUGCAGGAGGGCGAAAGAGCUUCCUUCGGAACGCCACGCCUAGGCCGCAGCAUGAGGUCUCCCGCCGAGACACGCAUCGCCUGUCUGCUCCGCCUUAUCUUCCUCGCUCACUCGCCGACCUUCCUCACGACUACUCCUCAUCCUCACCCUCCUUCAUUGGUGAUGGUGGUGCAGUAACGGAGAAUGGCGAUGUGGGCCAGUAUUUCUACUCCACCGAGACCUACUAUGAUAAUCUUCCCCGGCACACACGUAGGCCAGAUCACUUCCAUGAAGACUACAGAUAUUAUGAGCACAGUGAACUCAACUACCCACGAGCUCCUGCACAGCCUCAGACACCCCAACCCCAUGGCAGGUCCCCUGCAGCAAUUGGACGUAUGCAGGCAAAGUCGCUGGGUAAUCUCACAACUUUGAGCGGAGAUGAGGCAGCCCUUCCUCCAGGCUGGACAGUUGAUUGGACGAUUCGAGGCAGGAAGUAUUACAUUGAUCACAACACAAACACCACUCACUGGAGCCACCCACUGGAAAGGGAAGGGCUUCCACCUGGAUGGGAGAAAGUAGAAUCAGCUGAGUUUGGAGUUUAUUAUGUUGACCACAUCAACAAACGUGCCCAAUAUAGGCACCCGUGUGCUCCCAGUGUUCCACGCUAUGACCAGCCUCCACCUCUCCCACCACCAAUCACUUAUCAGCCCCGCCCGCCUCAGCCAAAUCAGCCAGUGCUGGUGCCAGCAAACCCUUAUCACACCGCUGAGAUCCCAGAUUGGCUGCAGGUCUAUGCCAGAGCACCCCUUAAGUAUGACCACAUCCUGAAGUGGGAGCUGUUCCAGCUGAUGGAUCUGGACACAUAUCAGGGCAUGCUGAAGCUGCUCUUCAUGAAGGAACUGGAGCGCAUCGUUAAGUCGUACGAGGCAUACCGCCAAGCAUUGCUCACUGAACUCGAUGUGCGCAAGCAGCGGCAGCAGUGGUAUGCCCAACAGCCAGCCAAAAGCUUUCCACAGAACAUGUGAAGUUCAGCGCACGGACGUCCUCUGGAAGAGGCGGGCCCAUCAACACUUUCCCUUAAACAUGCAGCGCCAAACCUGAUGACCAUCUCUGCCACUGUCUAUGCCUUAGCAGCAUAUAGUAAACAGCUGCCAAAUGUGGAAUACAUAGGAACUGACAUAUGCUACAUGCCCAGAAAUACAGAUAUUGCUCUGUGUGUGUGCAAGACGCCAAGGGGGAGAACCACACACACAAAUGAGCAGCGUUUGUAUGAUGUAAACCACAGGAAGUUACAUCGGCUACCAUUUAGCCAUUUUAUUGCUUCAGAGUAAUUGAGUAGCUGAAUUCUUGUGUGCGUACUCUUGCAUGCACGUGUGUGAUGUCUAGAAACUGAUCUGGGGUGAGUUUCCAGAGAGCAUUACAAGUGAGUUUCCGGAGAGCAGCCAUCAGAAAAUGAUAGUGUCAUUCUGAAAUUCUCUAUAUAAACAAGGCCUUGGUCUGCAGUAUUUUUGCUGAGCUGUUUACAAAUUAGCAGGUUUUUUUUUUACAUGCAGUCACACAGAUAACAGGCAGCUCUCCUCUGUUUCUCCUGUCUAUCUAUAGCCCUUCUGUCUGCAAGAACUCCAAAUAAAAUGAAACUUUUAUUUGGAGUUCUGACAUUGACAAUCCAG